AUGAUGCGCAUCCAGUCCAUCCUGUCGCCGCACUCGCCCGCAGGACAACACCUCCCACCCCAGCCUGCGCCACCCGCUCCACCCGCUCCUCAGUCUGACCCGCCUGCCGCUGCUCCCCGAUCCAUCCCUCUCGCAGCGAAUGCCGCACAGCCAGAGCACAUCUCCCUCCCGCCCAUCUCGUCAUUCACUUCCCACACUCCCGCAGCAGCAGCAGCAGCGUCGCCGCACAGACUCGCCUCCCUCGCAGGAUGGACCAGCGCGACUCCCGACCCGACGGGCCGAAGCGCCUCGCCUGCGUCUCAGUCUCAGCAGUCGGCCGACGCAGCCGUCGCAGCCAUCUUGACCAACCUCCCGCGCGCAGCGAGCCAUUCGCCGCCCGCCCCGUCGCCCACCUCGCACGAAGCCGCCCCUGCCGCCCCGACUCCCCAGCCUCCCACGGCGCUCAACCCGAUCCCGUACUACAACGGCAAGCUCCCGAAGCUCAAGGGCCCCGCUGAGGCGAACGCCCCUUCGUCGGCGGCGGCGGCGAACUCGGCCCCCGCCCCGUCGAGCAGGAGGGACAAGCCGCCCAACGUGUGCACGUCGUGUGGGACGACGCAGACGCCGCUUUGGAGGCGCGACCCGCAGGGAAAGACGAUCUGCAAUGCCUGCGGUCUGUACUUGAAGAGCCGACGCCAGGCUCGCCCGUCGAGCGGGACAGGCAGUCCCGCCCCGUCUGCCGUUCCCUCAAGCUCGACCGCAACCGCAACCGCUUCUCCCGGCCCUUCUUCCGCUCCCUACCCCGCUUCCGUUCAGCAACCUCCGCAGCCUCAUGCGCCCACUCACUGGACGCAACACGCCGCCGCAGCGUCUGCCUCACUCGCGCACUCGUACCCUCCUCCUCCUCCUCACGCCGCCUACCCAGCUCCCUCCGCUUCUCCCGCCCCUCCCCCUCCAACACUGCACACCCUCUCCCCUCCCCAACCCGCUCCACCAAUCCUCACCGCCCCCACCCCCUCUGCCUCUCGGGCAGACGACCCAGCGCCCGGCUCCUGCCCCGGCGGCGGGAUCUGCAACGGCUCAGGCGGCCAAACCUGCUGCGAGGGAUGUCCGGCUUAUAAUAAUCGGAUCAUGUAUGGGGGUGGACAGGGAGCGGGCGCGGGGAAGAGGAGGAAGAAGGGUGUUGAGGCGGCGGGUGGAGGGCAGGGAGCGCAGGGAGGAGGAGGAGGCGAGGAGGAGGGAGUCGGGGUGAUGGAGUGCCACAACUGUGGGACGAGGACUACACCGCUUUGGAGGCGAGACGGCGAGGGACGCGUGACGUGCAACGCUUGCGGCCUCUACUACAAGCUGCACGGCGGCCAACACCGUCCUGUCAACCUCAAGAAGCCGACGAUCAAGCGUCGCAAGCGCGUACCCGCCGCUCCUGCUGCUCAAAACCGCGCGGCGAUGAUGGAAGCCCACGCGCGCGCGACAGGCCAAGCAGACGGCUCCCCUCCCCCCUCAGGCGGCUCAGACGCCGAGCAAUCCGUUGGAGACUCGUCGACGCCUGCGCCGCCCGCCAAGCGUCGCAAGACGACGACUAAGAAGGCUGCGGCGGUGGCGGCUGCGACUUCGUCGCCUGCUGUGUUGGCGGAGAGGGAAAGGGAGGCGGCGGCCGCUGCUGCUGCGGCGGCGUCGACGAGCGCGCCUCAGCAGGGGUCGCCGAGGAACACGCUCUCGGAGCUGGCGGCCAUCGCGGCGCAUACUGCGAACGCGGCGAACGCGGCGUCCAAGCCGCACGCGCGCGCCGCUGCUCCCGCCGCCCCUGCACCGGUCGCGACUCCCGCCGCCGCUCACUCGCACCACCAUCACCACCACCACGCGGUCCCUCACCAGCACACCACGCACACUCCGCACGCACACCACGCCCAUCCUCCCCACAGGCACUACACGACUCCCUCUGUCCUCCUCCCCCCUCCGCCUCCGACCGCCGCAUCGUUCGUCCUCCCCGCUCUACCAGCAGACGCGCCUCUCUCGUCCCUCAGCGUCAAGGACCUCGCAAAUCUGAGGGCGUCGCUCAGGGAGGAACUGGAUCUUGCGAGGGAACAGAUUGCGAGGUUGGAUGGGUUCGUCAGGCGUGGAGAGGGGAUGGUUGACUCGCUCGACCGGUUCUUGAGGAACGCGGCGACUGCACCCACACCUACACCCGCUCAAGCACCUGCACCCAAGCCCGCGCCGGUCGCGACGGAGGAAGACGACUUUGAGGCUCGUAUGCGCGGCUUGCCCGUCCAGGCGGCUAUCAAACUUCCUCUCCGUCGACCUGCCGAGCAAGGUCAGCCGCAGCAGCAGCAGGCGGAGCAGGUCAAGCGUGAGGGAACGGAGGAGCCGGCUCAGGCUCAGGCGCAGGCAGCGGUCGAGAGGGAGAAGGCGGGCGACAAAGCGGCUGAGACGAUGGAGGUCGACGCGGCGUCGACUGCUCCUGCCAGCGGAUCGGUCGCUGCCACCGCUUAG